AUGACCUCCCAGGACGACGGCCCCGAGAAUGCCGCGGGCGCGAGCGCUGCUCCGGAGAGAGGGGUGUACGUUCCGGGCUACGACACCUUCAUCGUGCACAGCAAGCACGUCCACGGCAACCCCGUCCGCGUCCCGGGCACCACUUCCCUCGGACACGUCGGCGCCGACUCCACCUUUCCUCGUCCCACCGCACCACCCGUUGUCUUCCCGCCCACGCGCGUCACUGGCCCGGAGAGCGGCCCCGACACCUUCUACCGCGAUGUCGAAGCCAUCAAGUCGCGCUACACCGCCGCGGACCUCCUCGACGGCUUCAAGCGGCGCGCCACGGCCGCUCAAGCCGCCCGGCAGCACGCCAUCGAUGCCGCUGCGAGCGCCGCGCGGGCCCGGACCCUCCACGCCGACGCGCCCUCGCAGUCCUUCCUCCUCUCCACCGGCGUCGCCGACCCCUACGCCCGCGCCUACCCCGGCACCGGCGCCGCAGCAACGUCUCUCAUUGGCAUCAACUCUCCGCUGUUUCCCAGCGCCACGCACGGCACCGUUCCGGCGCGGUCGCUCGCGGACGCGCGGCGCGAGUACGAGCGCGAGGCCGCGCUGCUCGCGGCCCGCGCGCACCGCCCCCCCCCGCUGACGCGCGCUGCCGCACAGCGCGUGACCGACGACAUCGCGUCGCUGAAGGAACGCGUCAAGGGCCUCGCGGAGGCGAUGCUGCAGCUCGACGACCGGACGCGCGGCGCCGGGGACCCGCAGACGCAGCUCGAGCGGGACGCGUUUCGGCGCGAGCUGCUGCAGGCGACGCGGGUGCUGAGUGAUGUCACUGCGGCGCGCGUGGCGGGCAGGGAGGGCGCGGGCGCGCUGGGGCCGGCGGAGGAGCGCGCGGCGGAGUACUUGGCGGACGUGCGGCGCGGGGCCGUGCCGACGGGGCGGCCACGCGGCAUGGCGUAUGCGGCGACGCAGGGGCCGCCGGGCGGGGGCGGGGCCGAGGGCAGCGCGUCGGAGGCGUCGCUGCGCGGGGCGGAGAGAGGGGCCUUGUCGAACAGUGGGACGCCGGCGCCGCCGGCGUCGGGGUCGUCGGGAGCGAGGGGGGGGAUGGUGUGCGAGGGGGACGAGGCGGGCGUUCGCGGCGCGGCGGCUGCGUCGAGUGCGUCCGCGUCGCGGGGGGCGGCGCGGAGCAGGGCGGCGGAGGGGUCGGUGUCGUUGGCGCGGGAGGGGGGGAGCGAGGCCGGGGACGUGGUGGCGGACCUGGCGCGGCGGCUGGCCGACGCAGAGGCACGCGCGGCGCGGGCGGUUGCGGACCGCGAAGAGAUGGCCAGGGAGCUCGUGGCGGCGCGCGAGGACGCCCGCGCGUCGAUGCAGGACGCGGACGCGGCGCGCGCGGAGAACGCGUCGCUCGCCGAGGCCCUCACGGAGCACGAGGACAGACUGAGUCAGUUCAAACGCAACACCCCCCCCCUCCCCGCCGGCGACGGCGGCGGCGAGGGCGCCGCGGGCUCGGCGCCGCCCGCGCUCCCGGGGCCCGACGCGGCGCGGGAGGCGCGCGCCGAGGACGGGGCCGCGGCGGCUGCGCGACGGCAGCGAGAGGAGGGUGCAGCGAGGGAGAGGGGCCGGGCGGAGGAGGUGCGAGCGUUGCGGGAGCAGCUGGGGGAGGCGGAGGCGCUGCUGGAGGAGGCGGUCAACCGGUGCGACGACGCCGAGGGCCGCGCCGCGCUCGUGCACAGGGAGGUGAGCGCGCUCGAGGCCGCAGUGCGCGACCUGCAGGGCGUCGUCUCCAGCAUCGAGGCCGCCGCCGACGGCGGCACGCCCCUCGGAACCGCGCCGGGGGGGCUGGGCGCCGCGGGGCCGCGCGCGGACCUCCUGCGCAGCCCGGGGGGGAGCGCGCGAUACCCCCCCCCCGGGGCGUCUGGAACCCCGCGGCGGGGCGCGCCGCCGCGGUCGCCUGCGUCCGUCGCGCGCAGGUCGCUGCAGGGGUCGCUCGCGGCGUCGCCGCGCCCGGGCGGGGAGACCGGGGCGGCGCUGCCGCGGCUGCGUGCGGGGGUGGCGGAGCUGCGGGCGCUCACGGAGCGGCUGCGGGCGGCGGCGGCGCGCGCGCACGGCGAGGCGCUGGAGGGCGACCUCAGCGAGAACUGUGCGAUGCAGUAG